ACCGAACUUGUGAAGAGAAAAUUUCGAAGUCGCAACUUUCGCGACCGAGAAAGAAAGCCCCUGCUCUUUGCUCGUAGAAUAGCGAAGCGGACGGCCCUGAACCUCCCAGUUCUCGACUAUGCGCCUCCUUUUCUCGACGCCGAUAUGUCCGUCAUGCUUAUUUACAGCGAAGACCCGAAAUGCCCUCCACAUUCUCCGACUCACCUCCAGUCCAUGGGCUGCGCGACGAUUCCUCUCCAACCGCGUGCGUACAGGAUCCGCUCCCUCGAGGAUGGUCCUGUCCAACCGUGUCGCCCGCUUUCCGGGGUCAGACACGCAGGCGCGUGGUGGUAGAAAACCUGGGUGGAGGUCGCCGGGGCCGUUCGGGGGCAUGAAUCAGACAUUCGCCCCCCCCCGAGAGUCCGCGAUGAUGAGAACCCCUCGACCGGGCGAGGGCAGGCCGCUCCGAGACAGGGACGACCCCAAGAGGUAUGGCGGGAGGGGCAGAGAGGAGCGUGGAAAGGACCACGGGCCACGGACUAAAGCGAUGAGAAUGCAAGGCGCGCUUGCAACCGUCUCAUACGGCUAUCGGACUCGGACGAAACAGAACAUCGCCGAGAUAGUGUCGUUCGAUCAACUGAAGCUUCUACCUUCUGUUACGGAAGCCUUGUUUCUUGACGUUCUAAAGGGUUUGGUGGAUGUCAAGCCCACCCCUAUCCAAAGACUGGCCAUCCCCGCUCUGCUGAACCCGAGGUCCGUUCGGGGGUUGAGAGACAAAGGUCACGAUGCGCGGCAUGAGUUUCUUCUAGCCGCGGAAACAGGCUCGGGCAAGACCCUAGCCUACCUUCUACCCGUUAUAGAUGCUUUGAAGAGACAAGAGGCUGCCGACCCCGCUAUCGCCGCCUAUCGGGAAAAGUGUGAGACAUUGAAGCAACAUAUGCAGACACCGGGAUACACUGGUCCGAGGGAGUUCGAUCCUCACCCCACCACGGCACGGCCCCGGGCUAUCGUGUUAGUGCCAACGGCUGAGUUGGUUGACCAGAUAGGCGGCAUCGCGAAGGCCAUGAGUCAUGUGGUUAAAUAUAAGGCCGUCCUCUUAUCCGCCAAGAUUUCGGCGACAGUCAUCAACGCGAGCAUGUACACGCCCAAGGGCAUCGAUCUUAUCGUUUCAACGCCUCACUUACUAUCGUCGAUAGCAGAUUCUGACCCUUAUAUUCUGUCUCGGGUAACUCAUCUAGUGGUGGACGAGGCCGACUCGCUUUUCGACCGCAGCUUUUCCCAUGAAACCACGUCUAUUAUAGAUCGCGCCCUACCUUCAUUAAAACAGCUCAUCCUCUGUUCUGCCACCAUCACCAAGAAGCUUGACAGUUAUCUUGAAUCCAACUUCCCGGAUAUGACCCGAAUGACCACACCAAACCUUCACGCCAUUCCUCGCCGCGUGCAGCUGGGCGUUCUUGACGUGAAUCAGGGUCUCUAUCAUAAUAAUAAGAAUGUUGCUUGCGCGGAUAUCAUUUGGGGGAUCGGCAAGAAGUCAAUUCGGGAAUACGAACCCGUUAAGAGGGCUAAAACACCCGGCGCCCAAGAACCCGGUGCUCAAGAACCCGCCACCGGAGAACUCACCACCGAAACUACUGUCAUGCGCAUUAUUGUAUUCGUCAACGAGCGCGAGAUGGCUAAAGUGGUCGCUGACUAUCUCGUAACCAAGGGCAUUGAUGCCAUCGCACUUCACCGAGACACCCCCGAAAGACGGCAGUCGGAGAUGUUGGACGCAUUUAAGACUACCGGAUCGAUGCCACUAAAACAUCCUCCCAUACCUGAGCCCGGAAAGGGGCUGAGGGUCUUGCCAAACGUCAAAGUGAUUGUGGCCACUGAUUUGGCAUCGAGAGGCAUCGAUACUACCGCAGUUCGACAUGUAAUAUUGUAUGACGUGCCGCACACCACUAUCGACUUCAUCCAUCGCUUGGGUCGGGCCGGCCGUAUGGGCAGGAGGGGAAGAGGAAUCGUCCUAGUGGGUAGAGGCGACCGGCAAGAUAUCGUAGCCGAGGUUAGGGAUAAUAUGUUCAACGGGAAGGCGCUUAUAUAGAGACUUGCACCUGGGAAAAGCAACAGCUGUUGUGUAGUAAUGUAUAACACGAUACCUGUAUAUCAGCCCUAAGAGGGAAACGAAUCUAGCGAUCCUACCGUCCGCAUCUACAUGCGCACUGAGCAUUGCGAAGACGCAAUCGAGACCCUACGCCGACGAGAAUCGCUCAGCUAUAGGCCCUCCACGCGUCGAUGUGCCGUACUACUACGAAAAAUAAACGUGGUGGACAUGUGUAUGUUACAAACGCCUCUCCGGAUAAUAGUAGGAGGGUUGAGAGAUAGGUACCUAUGAAAAGGUUGGUGGCGGGCUGGAAAUUGUAACAAGGGGAUAUGCUUGGAAUAGGUUC